AUUGCUGUCUGGCAGAAGUAUUCUUCCUCUUCCUCUUAUUAUCUAUCUCUACUUUUAUCUUUGCCAAAGAUCUCACACCAGAAUACCACGAUAUCAAAAUUUUGAGCGCCUUUGAAUUAUAACUUUCUACUUUCAAUACGAGCCCCACAUCAGAUCGUGACAUUAAACGCACUAUCACAAUAGCGUCCGUGUGCUAUCGCCUACCUGCAUACAUCUAUUCAACUCUAUCCAGCCAUCUGAGCUGUCAGGAGACAGGUCUCAGAUUUAUACUACGGCACCUUCACCGUCUAUUCAACAACAUGGCCUCCACCGGAGAAGCCAUCUAUAUGACACCCUACUCGCCCUACCCUUCUCACCAGCAGGAUUCGGACCUGAACAUGAACAGCUCCUGCUGCCGUUUCCUCUCAUCUUCACCAAGCUGCCAAUCACUUCGACGCCAGCGAUCCUCGUCUAUCCCUUCUAUCUACUUUGACGGAUAUCUCGAGCACCUCCCUGUCGAGCCAAAGAAGAAACGCGAGUGCACCAGUUACUACAACGAUCACUCCCGUCGCCAUUCUCGCGGCCCACGACGCACAAUGAGGUACUCUCGCGACAGUCAACUCGUUAAUCCCGACGUUAUCGACCGCCUGGACAGUGCUAGCUUUUAUCAGUACCACCAUGAAGGACCAUACGAUGCAGUAUACCCGGAAAGGAAUUUCGACACCAAGUUGAGCCCAAUCGAAGCCGUCAAACGAACGAACGAGGAAGCUUUGAGGGCCACCCCAAAGGAUAAGAUCAAAGACAGCAUUAACAGCCAUCGUCCUCUCGACGGGGUGGCUUUCUAUCCACCUGGUACUACGGAUAGGGAAGGACAAACUUACAACUACGAGGAGGGUACCAAUAUGAUGAACGACUAUGGCAACUUUAUGCGCUGUCCCGGCUUGAAAUUCACCGAAGAGGACUUCAAGAAUGAUCCUUUCUACAACACGCCACUUCCAAAGCCAUUCGCCUCCCUCAGAAGGGUACUGAGCCUGCGUCGCCGAAACCGCAGGAGUACCCAGUAAACUCGAAAUCGACACUCCACUACUAAAUGGUUAUUUAAAGGAUAUAUAAAAGGUUGAGGUUGAUAGAAAGGGCUAGGAUAUCAGGGAUUUGACAACACUGUGUGAUACCUCAUGUUUUGUAUUGUUUUCAUGUAGAUCAGCAUCAUGCUGACCACGGAAUGGACGGAUAUACGGAUUUGUUCGGAGUCUUGGGCAUGGAGUUAUGGAUUGAUUAUCUUUCAUGUUGUUCGGUUUUCUGUACUUUUAAGUGUCCGCCAAGAUUUCAACGUGCUUUCUCCUAUCACCGUUGAGCUUGGUCAUGGUCAUGAUUGGGCAUAUUUAAUGCUGUUUGAAACUAUUUAUGUAUCCACUGCCCAUUAGAGAACCAACUCUCGGAUGCAGCAUCACUGCUCCGAUAGAGUGCAAUUGAAUGAACCUGCUUCGGCCUCUUGAAACUGACCAUGAAUCCGAUAGAGGGACACUUU